AUGGCCUUCUACAAGACGAAACACCACACGCUGCUAGAGGCUCAAGUCCCUAACCCCGGCAUCUGCGUGCCGUCGGCGUUUCAACUGGCCAACGGUUUGCUUGACCAGGCUUUCGACAAGUCUGUUCAGCAGUUGACGCUGCGACUUUCGGGUCUCGUUGUAACUUUGGAGACGGAUGCGUGGACUGACAUCAAUGGCAUGGCUGUUACCAACUAUAUAGCAGUUAGUGUAUCGCUUUCAUUCUUCUUGGUGUUGUGGUGGAGUGGGAUUCGCAAAAUCGCGUUGCGAUCCACUCAGACACACAGUGCCCUGGACUGCCGACUGACGGAGGGGGUACUCCGAUAA